GGCUUUUAUGGUUUUUAAAAGUUUUUAAAUCAGUGUAACCCCCCUCAGACAUUUUAAUAGUUUUUACAAUAACUGUGAAAUUAAUAAAUAAAAAUUGAAUGUAACAUUUAAAUGUUUUAUCUAACAUUAAUGCGCUUUAUUUUUAUGAGUAAAAGCGCAUAGGCACAACAGUAAGAAUAAAGGGUUUGCAACCGGUCUGUAUAAUACGGAAUCGUCCCGUGUUAAUGGCAUCAAAGAAGGCUUCCGUGUGAAUAUAUACCCUUAAGAAAACGAACUAUGGUUUUAUUACAAUUGUCCAAACACACAGAAAACCACCUGGUGAAGUGACUGCGAUCCAUGUGACACAAAGAUGGCGUUCAUUAAAGAGGAGAGUGAAGACAUAAAAAUUGAAGAAACAUUCAGAAUGAAACAAGAAGAUACUGAGGAACAAACAGAUCUGAUGACACUGAAAGAGGAGAGUCGAGAACUGAAGGAAAUAGAAGAAAAAUAUCAAUAUGAGAAGCAAGAUGUCACAACUACAAAAAAAUCCAUAAAGACUGAAACAAAUUUCUCACAAAAAAGAGCUCAGAAGACAGGAACUGGAAGCUUUUUCACCUGCUUUCAGUGUGGAAAGAGUUUCAAAAAACACGAAAGCCUUAGAGUCCACAUGGGAAAUCACAAUGGAGAGAAGCUUUUCACCUGCCAACAGUGUGGAAAGAGAUUCGAUAUAAAGUAUAACCUUGUACUUCACAUGAGAGUUCACACUGGAGAGAAGCCUUACAAAUGCGAACAUUGUGAAAAAAGUUUUAUUCACAAAGGAAGCCUUAACUCCCACAUGAGAACCCACACUGGAGAGAAGCCUUUCACAUGUGAUCAGUGUGGAAAGAGUUUUUCACAGAAGCACGUCCUUAAUUCCCACAUGAACAGCCACACCGGAGAAAAGCCUUUCGCAUGUGGUCAGUGUGGAAAGCGUUUCAGACUUAAAGUAAGCCUUAAAAACCACACGAGGAUUCACUCAGGAGACAACCGUUUUACAUGUCAUCAUUGUGAAAGGAGUUUCUUUAGUAAAGAUAGCCUCAACAGGCACAUGACACUUCACACCGGAGAGAAGCGUUACACGUGCAAAGAGUGCGGCAAUAGUUUCACACAUAAAGCACUCCUUGAGUCACACAUGAGAAGGCACACCGGAGAAAGCCCUUUCACCUGCGAACAGUGUGGGAUGAGCUUUACACGUAAAGAAAAACUUAAGAUUCACAUAAGAAUUCACACUGGAGAAAGACCAUUCGCAUGUAGUCACUGUGGAAAGAGUUUCAAUCAAAAAACAUCCCUUGUUUCACACAUGAUAGCUCACACUGGAGAAACACCAUUCACAUGUGUUCAGUGCGGAAAGAGUUUCAAUAAUAAAUCAACCCUUGAUGCUCACAUAAGAGUUCACACUGGAGAGAAGCCUUACACCUGCGAACUGUGUGGGAAGAGCUUCACACAAAAAGGAAAUCUGAAGAAUCACAUGAUGACUCACACAGGAGAGAAGCCAUUCGUAUGCGCCGAGUGUGGAAAGUGUUUUGCGCGUUAUCAUGCCCUUAAUUUACAUAUGAAGAUUCACUCAGGAAAGCAAUGCGGAAGGAGAUUCCCAGACAAGAAACGGCUUGACAAGCACGUAAUAAUUCACAACGGUGAGAAGUGCCAGCAGUGUGGAAAGACUUUCAGAAACCUUCAGAUGCACAUGAGACUUCACACUGAAGAGAAGCCUUUUACAUGUGUUCAGUGCAAGAAGAGUUUCACAUAUCAAAGAGACCUGAAGCGGCAUUUGCAAACUCAUUCUAGAAAGAAAUUGCAGGGCUCUGAAUGUGACAAAAAGUCUACGAAAGUCUACAAAAGUCUGAAGUCUACAAAAAGGAGCAAUUUCAAAAAUCACUUGCACAUUCACUCUGAAGAAAGGCAAGUUUAAUUGCGAUAAGUGUAAUAAAAAAUUUAUUUCGCCAUCACACUUACAGAUACAUCUGAGAAGUCAUGCGGAUGGACGACGUUAUUUUUGUUCUUUGUGUGGAAAGAGAUUUAAAUGGCUUGGUAAUUUAAAAUGGCACCAGAGAAUACGUAUCUGUGUGAAAAUAAGGCUACGUCCACGUAACAGCUGAAUGUGGGCCAGAUAUAAUUGUGUACAUUCAUGAUCAUUUGCAUUCUUCACCUGUUAAAAAUUUUGCCUUGAGACAUUUUUUUGUCAUGUAUUAUGAACUCCUGUGACUGCAACUCAUCAUCUGCUUUGUACAGAAGAGGAUUAGGGCCAAGCAAUAAUAAAAAAAUAAAACC